CACAAAUAAUUUUUUCCUGCGAAGAUCCAUUCGUAGAUUUUUCUCUGUUAUCAGUUUAUCAGUUUAUCACCAAAUAUCUUAUCGUUAUCACGGUUACGGCGGUUUUUUUGAUAAUGUUGAAUUUUUAAAUUUUGUUUUUGUUCUGGUUUCUGUGCGCUCGACCGUUCGAGUGUUCGACUGUUACAAUAAUAAUAUCAAUCAAUAUAAUAUUACUACCUACGUUUCCAGUUCUAUAUUAUUUAUUUAAGUUGUCAUCAUCGUCCCGUGCACGGUUCGGUCUUCGAUCAUGUCGUCGAACCGCCCGCCAACUGUCGAAAGGCUUCUGACUGCGUUGGAUUGCAUGCUGGUCGAUGGUUUCGCGAUACAAGACAAAACUCUACUUGAAAAACUUUUGACAAGUCUGCAGAAUGCGGACGCUCUGUUGAGUACAGUACCGAUCGACAUUUACUGCAAAUGGUUUGACAGUGUUAUGGCCAUGUAUCGAAAUCAAACUCCAAUGUCUAAAAAUGCUUGUAUACAUCUGUAUGCUUUUGCCCUCAAGUACUUGGCCAUAUUGGUAAAACAUGACGAUCGUCUGGUAGCUCUCAUUGAGACUCAGACUCUCCAAUCAAUGAUUAAUCAGCUAGACGUUGGGUCUGAUCUUAAAGAGUCUUCAAUUUUUAACGCCUAUAUGUCGUUGUUGCAGGCAUUAAAUACUCAUAAACAGGGUCUUGAGUAUGUUUUCCAAGAAGGUUUAUGGAAAAUUAUACUUUUUGCUAUUCAUGGAUUAACUGUUCCAGCAAAAUAUGUUGAAAUUCAAGCUAGUCAGUAUGUUGCCGACUUAAUUUAUAAGUCAUUUGACCAUGAAAUGGUGCAUUACUGUGAACCUCUCCUAAAAGAGCUAUUUUAUAACUUAAAUUCAACUGAUAAUCUAAUUGUCAAUCAUCCAGACAUCAAAGAAUUUUUUGCCUAUAAUGUUUAUGUAAAAACAUUAAUUUUAUCUUUAGAAAAAUUCAUUGGAACUAAGUAUGAAUCGGAUGUUGUCCAUAAAAUAAUUAAAAAAUAUUCUUUAUCAGAUGUAUUAGUGAAUAUUCAAAAACUAUUAAAUGUAAAUCCAAUCUUAUUAAAAAACUAUAUGACGUUACAUUUGAUAUUUGAUUGUUUUACGGUUUGGCAUAAUUCUGACAUGGAAUUUAUAUUAAAAUCGAUAUUUUCUCUUAUGAAUACGCCAAAAAACAUUCAAUCAUAUAAACAAAUUAACAACUUAUAUACACAAGCAAUUAGAUAUGUGAACACCAGUAAUGCACAAUUAGCAGCUAACACAAUAUUUGAAAAGGAAUUAAUUAUUGGUCAGUUGAUACCUUUAAACAAAUGUUCAGACUGCCUUCAAUGUUCUGAAUACGAAAAACCAAAAUAUGAUAGAAGUUGUAUUAUUGAAGCAAAAUACAUUUUAAAUUAUUGCAAUAAUUAUGAUUCUAUGAUAUAUGAAGUGGCCAUUUCUUCUAUACUCAAUAUUGUAGACAUUGUUCCAAUACUGAAACAAGUGUCAUUGGAUUACCUAUUCAAUUUUUUUUCAACAAUAACAGAACAUUUUCUAAAUUCUGACAAUUGGUUAGAACAGUGUCAAGAUCGAGAUUCAAAUUAUAAUAAAUUCUUAGAAAUAUUAUCAUACAUAUUUAUAUGUUGGGCUAAAGUAAUAGACUGUCAACUAUUUACUGAAAUUGCAACUCAUAACCAAAUGUUGGUGCCACUUGUACAGAGCCAUAGUCAGUUUUUUCAAAAAUCUUCUCUCAAUUCUACUCUCUUACAGAAUGGUUUGAAAUUAAUUAGUACUGUAUUAAAUAAAAUGAACAAAGAAAGUGCACAAUAUACUGAUAAUUUGGAAGAUUUUGGUACACUGUGUACUACACUUCAUAAUUUACUAUUGGAUACUAGACCAGAAAUUCGUGAUAGCUGCUUACAGUGUAUUAGAAGCAUUGUAAAUUCUUCUAAAUACAGUUCUGGGCAUUUUUUUAUCAAACUCAUCUUGGAAAAAGGCUUGUCAAUAGCUGUUAUAAAUACUCUUAAACAUGACAAUGAUCCAUUUGUAAGAUCUAAAGCUCUUGAAUGUCUAGAAGAAAUGGUGUCUGUAUUAGAUAUUUGGGAAACAUCAUUAAAAGAAUCAGAUUUAAUUACACAUUGUUUAAAUUUAAUGCAAUAUGAAUCUGAAGGUAUCAUUAGACGACAAAUUGUAAAACUCAUCACAGCAUUGUUCGAUUAUAAUGAGCUCAGUGAUAAUUUAUUUAACGAAAUAUGCAUUGUAAUGGUACACAUUAGCAUCAAAGAUCCACUUUGGGAAGUAAAAACAUUUACUUAUGAAUUUUGGAGUUCUGUUAUUCAUAAAUUUAUUGGAAAAUCUUGUAAACAAAAUAAUACUGAAAGACUAAAUGACAAUCUUGUCAAAUUAAGUGGAACAGGCUGCCUACAUGUUCUUUAUGUCGCAUUAAAAGAAGAACAUGAUUUGGUUGUACAAAAAAAAGCCAUUCGCCUAACAAAAGAAUUGCUGGCUUCUAUAAGCUUUACUGAUGAUAAUAUGCAAGACCUUGAUUUUAAACUAAAUAGUGAACCAGUAAAUAGUCUGCCCAGUAUUAUUGAUGGAAACAUUGAAAAUUGUUCUGGUUCCAUGCAAAAAAAAUCCAGGCAAAUUGACUCAUCCGAUAGAAUUUUAAACUCUAUUACAACAUCAAGUGAUUGUGAAUUAUUGCCAAGUCUCAAGUCUUUCAACAAUAGUAAUAUCUAUCCAAAUUAUAUUUGUCUUCGUCAGAAAACUGAUGUGUAUUUAAAAAUAAAUGAUUUUUUAAAUUUUACUUCUACUUAUGAUUUUAAUGACUGUGAAGCUAAAACACAGUGGGUUAUAUCUACGAGGUCUGGUUUGGAUUCAAUGUUGGAUGACAUAAUUGGUCAAUCACAAAAUUGCUUCAUUGAAGGAGCUGAUCUUUUAGACUGUCAUUAACUACAUUCUGCAUAGUAUUUUAAACCUAUGUUAAUAUUAUCAGUUAUUAGGAUAAUAUCUUCAUUUUUCACAUGUAUAUUUUUAAAUUGUGUCCUUUUUUCUUCUAUAAAUGUAAUUAUAUUUAGUAGUGUUUUUUUGUGCAAAUAAUAUGAUUAUUAUUGCUUUAUUUCUUUUGUGCAGUUCUUACAAAUAUACCAACUUUUUUCUUUAUUAUAUUGUAUGAUUAU